AGUAGUUUUGUCUCUCUGUGUGUGUGUCUGUAUAUGGGAUCAGUUGUUUGUUGGAUGUCAUUGUGUUGGACAUCAACAAAAAGAUAUGUCAGAUCCACAGGAAAUUGAAACAAAUUUUAAUUAAUUAAUUAUUUUUUGUGGACAUUUACCGCCCGAAAAAAAUAACUAUAUUACCCAAUGAGUGACUCGACUGCCGCACAGUUUGCGCUGCCGACGCUGCCCGCGGCCACAGCCGAAGACACUGUUGACGCAGCGGCCACUAUAGCCGCCGCCUCCGAUGUCAAGUGUGGUAAUAUGCGAUCGUCGUGUCUCAAGAGUGGAGACUUCAAAGGCAUGAAAAGCGACCCAAAACCGGGCGAAUUCAUUCUGAGGACACUGUUUGCCGAGUUUGCGGUGUUGGCCCAGAAAAAGAUCGAUUACGUACUGUCAUCGGAACCAUUGGAGCGACCACUGGCCAAAUCGUUACAAAGAGGCGAAGAUCCAGUAUUUGAUCAACUGUUGACCGCUUUUGGAUCCGUAGCCGAACACUGUUUGCCGUCACUGUUGCGUACAUUGUUUGCCUGGUAUGACCGUCAGUUAGAGGACAGACAGCUAACAGCAUCGCAGUCGUCGCAGGCCAGCGACCACAAGUCAGUCAAAUCGUUGACCGAUUCGCUGUCUAAGGCAACCGGUAAAUCUUUGACCAACAGCGAGAGUCUCGAAAAGGCCGAACACUUCUAUUUGAUGGAAAAGCGUGAUUUGGCCGUUGAAUUUAUUUUCUGUUUAUUUCUCAUCGAAGUACUCAAACAGUUGUCACUACAUCCCGGCUAUGAAGAACUGACAAAUCAUAUCGAAGCUCUGGCUUUUCGUCACUUUCGCUUCCGCGAAGAGGCCCAAAACGAUCCCAACCUACAGAACAUCAAUAUGAUUGCCGAUCUCUAUGCCGAAGUGAUCGGUGUAUUGGCUCAGUCCAGGUUCCAGUCGGUACGCAAACGAUUCAUGAGUGAGUUCAAAGAGUUGAGGGCAAAAGAGCCAAACAAUCCGAUAACUACUCACAAUAUCAUCAGUUUGCUGAUGGGUAUGAAAUUCUUUCGAAUCAAAAUGGUUCCCAUCGAAGAAUUUGAGGCAUCGUUUCAAUUUAUGCACGAAUGCGCCCAAUAUUUUCUCGAAGUCAAAGACAAAGACAUCAAACAUGCAUUGGCCGGACUUUUUGUCGAAAUACUGGUACCGGUGGCGGCCACCGUCAAGAACGAAGUGAACGUUCCGUGUCUGAAGAAUUUUGUCGAAAUGCUUUAUCCGCCAACACUUGAUUUAUGUACGAAAAAGAAGCACAGUCUGGCACUGUUUCCAUUGGUUACCUGUCUAUUGUGUGUCAGCCAAAAGACAUUCUUCCUGAUGAAUUGGCACUACUUUCUGGCGAUGUGUCUCCAGCAGCUCAAAAUCAAAGAAGCGAAGAUGAGUCGUGUGGCACUGGAAUCACUUUACCGUUUGUUGUGGGUGUAUAUGAUUCGCAUCAAAUGCGAAAGCAAUACGGCAACACAGAGCCGAUUGCAUAGUAUUGUCAACUCUCUGUUCCCGAAAGGAUCUAAAGCAGUGAUGCCCAGAGACACACCACUCAAUAUAUUUGUCAAAAUUAUCCAAUUUAUAGCUCAAGAACGACUAGAUUUUGCUAUGAAAGAGAUUGUCUUCGAUUUGUUAUCGGUUGGCCGUCAGAUAAAAAUUAUUUUGACUCCCGAACGCAUGUCAAUAGGUUUGCGUGCAUUUCUUGUAGUGGCCGAUAGUCUACAACAAAAGGAUGGAGAGCCACCGAUGCCGCGAACAGUUGGUGUAUUGCCUUCGGGCAAUACUUUGCGCGUUAAGAAAACAUUUUUGAACAAAAUGCUUACCGAAGAGAUGGCCCGAACUAUUGGAAUGAAUCAUUACUAUCCAUAUGUUCGCAAAACACUAAGUGAUAUAUUGCGUGCACUCGAUGUCCAAUUUGGACGCCCGCUGAUGAUGACAACCGUCCAGAAUAUGAACAAAGAACCGGACGACAUGAUUACCGGCGAACGUAAGCCAAAAAUUGAUUUGUUCCGCACGUGUGUGGCAGCCGUUCCGCGACUUAUUCCCGACGGUAUGUCCAAACAAGAUUUGGUCGACCUAUUGGCCAGACUUACCGUCCAUAUGGACGAAGAGAUGAAAGGUCUAGCGUUUCAGUCAUUGCAGAAUAUGAUCGUCGAUUUUCCCGACUGGCGUGAAGACGUCAUCGAAGGUUUCAUUCAUUUCUUAUUACACGAAAUUAACGACUCGUUUCCAAAUUUAAUCGACAAUUCGUUGCGAAUGUUACUCCAAUUGUUGACGAGUUGGAAGAAUGCUCUGCAAAACUCGACAACAAGUACUAGUGGUGGCAAAGAUCAGACCACCUCUGGUGCCGCCGAAUCGGGUUCGGCUCUGACCAAAAACGAACACUUGGUUAAUGUUUUGCAUAAUGUCGAAGCACUGGCAUUGGUUAUGCUCUGCUACUGUCGCCAACCGGUCCGCAGAAUUGCUGCACACAUACUGAAAGAGGUUAAGGUUUUGUUUAAACUGUUAUUCGCCGGCAAAGACUAUGACGAACCGGUAGCUUCGGUUAUGGACAGAAUGUGUCCGCAAAUUGUUGAACUAUGUUUUCCGUUUUUGCCGUCCGGCGAAAAGUCGGCCAUAAUAUCUGUGUCGUUGAAUGUCGACCUUCACUGGUUAGCCGAACGCAGUGGACCCGCUUGGGUGUCCGGACAGAACGAUAAUGAAUCGGAAUCUUUUAACAAAACAACAGACCAAUCCAUACAUAUAUUUCAAUUGAAUUCAAAUGCAAUAAUACUUAUGUACAGUAAAACAGUGUUUACAUCUAUAAUAAUACGUCACUCAAUAACAUACACUCAACACAACAACAAUGCAAUCCUUUUGUGUGUUUAUAGUGUGUGUGUGUGUUAUGUAAUAAUAUUAAUACAUGUAUUAGUGUGAAGGUCAUCAUCAUCGUGACUGCACACAUCUCUACUAGUACUACUGUAUAACAAAAAUAAAUUAAUCAAUGAGUGGGUCAGUAAAGUGCAUGUAUUUAUUAUAGAUAUAUAG